AAACAAAUUUUCAGUACGAUUCUAAAAGUUACGAAGUUCGUAACAGUGGUUCAAAAGAAGGCGGGCGCGUUCCGUUACAACAUUAGCACGUUGUCGCCGUAAAGCAACAACAAAAAAAUCGGAUAAAUUAAGUAGAAUUCACGGCAUUGCAGAAACCAAACGUGUUUUCUUUAUUAAAAUAAUUUCUGUUUAUUUAUUCUUCUUGUCGUCAGCUUUAACAAUUGUUUCCAGAUACAUAAUCAGCGAUUUGUUUAUACCCAAAACUGUUAAUUGUAUUUUGAAGAAAAUACAGCGCUUUGAUAUAACGUUGUUAACAAGUACCAUUUUUGACUGUCAACAUUUGAUUAUAUCAUACAAAAAUAAAUUCGAGGGAGCAGAAAAAGCAAAAGCUUUACCGACAAUUUGCUAAAAGUUAAUACGUUUGCUGCCAACACAAAUAUUUCGUACAAAAGGGGUUCCAGCCAGUCAGCUUUCAUUUGCUUUCAACCAAACAGUGGGGAGCAAAGAAGAGUCGUUUAUAAAUCAACAACAAAACGAACAGUAAAAAGUUUAAAAUUUAAAAAUUUUAAACGUACAACUCCUAAGAAAGAAUUCUCGAAGAAGAGAAAAUUCCAGAGAGAAGCCAUCAUCGACAGCAGUAGUAGUAGCAACAAAAAUUAGAAGAACAACAACUACAAGCAAUUUCCACAAUGCAUAGACGAAAUUAUCGAACAACAACAACAGAUGUUGUUGGUGGUGAUAUCCGGCCAAAAAGGAAAUGUUUUCCAUUUCACCGAUGUUUAUUUGCCCUCCUGCUGUUGAUUGCCAUAAACGCCCCGUGGGCUGAAUGCCGUCCCAGCUCCGAUGAGGAUGAAUGGUUGCCACAACAUUUCAGCGUCGAUGAGCAAUUCAAGGAUGUCGAUAAUUUGGAGAUACACCAUGUGAAAUAUGUCGAUGGCAAAAUGGAAGAAGAACAUCCGAUUAUAAUGUACAAAGAGGAUUUUGUUGACGAAGAUUAUGUUCCCACAAAGAACACGACCAAACGUCAGCGCAAAUACAAAGAUAUUACACAUCGACGUCGUCACAGGACCACACCCAGCCCCGAUGUUGAAUCUGAGAAAAUCUAUUUUGAUUUCUUGCCCGAAACACCGCUGCUGAUAGAAGAUGAGAAUGGUAAUGUGAGAUCGCGUAAAACACAAUUUAAAUUGUUGCCAGCAUCUCAAGAAGUGAAAGAUGGAGACGAAAGCUCAGCUACCAAAGAUAAACUCUUAAAGAGACCCAAAAAAUAUCAUCGUCGCAUAAGACGUGACUUGGCUGCCGCUCGCGCAUCGGCUGAUGACCAUGUUGUGCGUAGCAAACGUAAUCCCUUUUUCAGACAUCAAGCGCCACAAAACAACGCCGAUGUUCAGCAGCAAGUUCAAACCCAUUAUGUUUAUGUUAAGCACGCUGUUCCCGGAAAGAAACACAAUGCUCUAGACAUUCCUGUUCCGAAAAUGGAAUUUGGCGUUCGCAUUGCUGCCGAUGAGAAUGAUCGCGUAAUCUUUUCGAGUGGCCCAAGAACUACAACUCGACCUACACCACGUCCCACCAGAAGGCCCCAGGAAUCGAUUUUCCGAGAUCCCCGACCAGAAAACUUCGAUUUUAGCUUCAUGAACCCCCAAUCACCCCCCACAACAGAAGCAGUACCAUUAUUCAAUCGUCGUCCCAUGGCCACCCGUCCACCAGAGUCCAUUUUCCGUGAUCCAAGACCCGAAAAUUUUGAUUUCAGCUUUUUAGACAAUCGAGGACAAUCGGCGGUAUCGCAGCAGGCAACAAAUGUGCGUACAACAACAGUAGCUCCACCAGCCGCUGCCCCUCCAGCCACCGAACCAGCUGGUAUUUCACAAUGCGUAUGGGCAAUUGUCAACUGCUGUUCAAAUCGUAAUUCGGAAAUACGUUAUUCGUGUUUUGAACAGAACGGUUGUCAUGGAGCCUUCUGGGGUUUGAAUCCCUGCGCUGAACCACUACGUGAUAAUUUUGUUAGCUUUGUGGCGGAUUAUUAUAAUUAAAGAAGAAAAAGAAACAAAAAGAACAAUUAUUGUAUGAGAGAGUGUGAGUUUAUCUCAAUACAGGAUUGCACGUGUGUUCGUUAUUUCGUAGAAUUUUAACAAACGGUUAUAACUAUUAUUUGCAUGUUAUUCGUAUUUAAGGUAGCAUAGAAUCUCUUUUUUUUUGUCAAUUUUCCACUGAAACUCAAAAUGUUGUUGUACUUAACCAAAGUAUUUUUGUAUUGGAAUUUAAAAUUGCCAAUUUUGUGAGAUUAAUUUAUGUGUGGUAAUAUAUAAUUUUGCAGCACACUAAUUGUCUAAGAAGAAAAUCCAAAUAUUCCUCGAAACUACUUUUUUUCUGAUUUGUUCAAUGAACCAAGUUGUGAAGUGCAUUUAAGUUAAUAAUAAUUUUUUCUUUAAACAAUCACCAUUCAAACACAAGUCACAAAUAAUAAACCAAAUAU